AUGAGUAAGGAUGCGGCGAUCGCAUCCCAGGUCACUUGGAACCCAGACAUAACAAUUAACAUGCAGAGUGCAAAUGGUCAGAUUGAGAAAUCGUGUGGAUUAGCUAAGAACGUACCGUUCCGGCUAGGCCAGCUGACAAUGUACUUGCAAGUUCACGUUAUGGAAAAACCUGCAUACCGAGUGCUCCUAGGGCGGCCAUUUGAUGUCCUCACUGAGAGCGAGAUCAAGAAUUUGUCUGACGGCGGUCAGAUAAUAACGAUCACCGAUCCAAACACGAAGGAGAGGUGUGUAGUACCUACCUAUGCUCGAGGAGAAAAUCAAGGAGAGUGUGCCUUCAUUUUGAGUUAUGGAGGACCCGGAGAUGUUCAAAUCGAAGCAUACACACAACCAAAAGAUGAUAAGAAGUUUUCGAAUGAAGAGUUGAGGACAACGUACCUCAGUUAUUGCCUGAUGGAUGAUCAGAUUGGAGAUAAGAAAGAAAAGAAGGUACUCGAGAUGUACCUCCAGCAGUCCCAAGGAAGAACCCCAACUGCCUCAUGGACAGUCGGAGAACUCGAUGAGUCAGAUGGCGAGAAUCCGGAUCCAUCAGAUCCCUUGGGAUGUUUCGCAGGGAAAAAGUACAAACCUGUGGGCGUCAAGGUGAAGCCGGUAUUGGGGGACUUACCCAAAAAGUACCGCAUCAAGCGAGAGAUCAAGGGCGAUCCCUUGGCUUCGAUGCCGGCGCUUAAUCCUAGGCCUCCAGAUUUUGAACCUACUGGAUGA